AUGCCGCCCCGCAAGAAGGCCGCGCCGGCAAAGGCGACUCCAAAGGCGAUACCCAAGGCAGCAUCCAAGGCCAAGGCCGCAUCGUCUGCGUUGAAGUCGGCGCCGGCGGCCAAAGCCAAGGCGACGACGCCCAAGACCACACCGGCAGCCAAAGCUAAACCUGCGCCCAAGCCCAAGGGCAAGUUGGCCCCCAAGGCCGGUGCUGCUGCUGCUGCUGCUGCCGCCCCCGCUGGCGCACACCCCUUGUCCACAACAAAACAAGUCAAAGCGUUUGUCUUGUCCAUCACGCCCCCGACCGACGGCCUGCAGUGGGGCGGCGAGGUGUGGGACGACGCGGCGCUCAUCGCCCUCGACGAGGACAAGGCCUUCGACGUGAUACGACGCGAAGCGGGGUACAGCGAGCCGAUUGGCAAGACUGGCUUCUACCCUCCGACUGAGCGCGUCGAGUUCCGCGUGUCGACCAACCCCAAGGCCGGCCCCUUUAUCGACUCGCGGCACGUGCACGACUCGAUCCUGGCCGCCGUGCCGCCCCUCACUGACAAGGUGCACUUCCAGUCUGCGUACCACGCGCAGCUCGACUUCUUGCGCGGGCAGCGUGUGCGCAGCCUCACGUUUAACAACUCGGGCCUGCGCGAGCAAGAUCCAAUCGAACAGCUCACGCGCCUCGUCUCGCGGAGCGACCUGGCCACGCUCGACCUCUUCGCCGUGCGCGAGUUUGCGCGCCUCGAGAACACGGCGCUCCCUGCCCUCGUCGGCGCGCUCGAGCACAACACGACCCUCACGAGCGUGUGCGGCGACGAGCACCUGUGCCAUGCCGUGAGCGGCACGCGCGUGCACGGCCCCGGGGCGUCUCUGCCGCAUUGCGGCGAGCAAACCGCCAAUGACUUCCCGCCGCCAGAGCACAUCGACGACGACAGCUCGCUCGCAAUCUGGUACCUCUUCGCGCGGGUGACUGCCAUCGCAAGCCGCAAUCUCGUGCUGCAGACGCGGGUGCGGCGCGCGGCGUGCAAGGUACUCGUGUUUGCGCGCCUGUUCUGCGGCCGGCACGCGCACGAGAUGCUCGAGCAGCUCGGCGUCGCCGUAGGCGCCGGGUAUCUCAGCCUUUCGCAGGUACGCCGGCUGCUCGCGCACGCUGCGGACGCGGCGGCGUCGGCGCGCGUGGUGGGGAUUCUCACCGCGUACGAGGACAAGGUGCGGGCUGUCGACGAGGACAUGGACGACCCGCUCAAGCCCGAGGGCGCGGUCGAGGAGUGGAUGCAUAAUGGGCAGAUGUGGUUUGACGGCGGGUACGAGGCCGCGAGGGCGCUGCUGAGGGAUGUGUUCCCUGCUGUCGACAAGUGGCCAUCCACCGACGACAUGCCGGCCGUCAGGCGGUUCUUGUCGUUCACCCCGCCGUCUGGCGCGCCGUGGUCGGGCGACAAGAAGCAUGCGGCGCUUGUGAAGCGCAUUGUGGAGACGUACGAGUAG